GAGGGAAGCGAACCACGUCGCUCUUUCCCACAUUCAGUUGGGUUGGGUGAUCCUGUGACGCGUUUCUUUUCUUCCCCAGGCAAGCCGAUUGUCAUCACCAUAGUUAUGAACUGAUCCUCCUUCGUCCCAGAAAUGUCGAAGCUGCUUCCCUACAGCUCCGUUCACAGAUGCACCACCUUCCUUGCCCCUCCCUUCCCCGCCUCUGUUGCCUCCGUUUCGCGCCUCCAUUUUCGAAGCCGCCUCUGCGUUUCGGUUUCUUUUCAAUCGCACCUUAAAAAUCUUUGUCCCUUUCAGUCCCGUAGAGACCUAUCAGUUUGCGCUUUCGAUUCUUCAUCUUCAGAGACUAAAGACGAGGAAGAAGCUGUCGGGAAGGAUGAAAUCAAUAAUCAGUUUGUUAGAACUGCUGGUGAGGAUUAUCCGACCGGGGAAUUUGAAUUUCAACCCAUUACGGGUUGGAGAGGAUUUCUAGUGAAGCUUAAGAUGCUGGUUGCUUUCCCUUGGGAGCGUGUUCGCAAGGGCAGCGUUCUCACAAUGAAGUUGCGCGGCCAGAUAUCUGAUCAAAUAAAGAGUAGAUUCUCUCGGGGAUUAUCUCUGCCUCAGAUUUGCGAGAACUUCUUGAAAGCAGCAUAUGAUCCUCGUAUUACUGGUGUUUAUCUACAUAUUGAUAUUUUGAAUUGUGGGUGGGGUAAAGUAGAAGAAAUUCGAAGGCACAUACUGAACUUCAAACAAUCAGGAAAAUUUAUUGUGGCUUAUGUCCCUUCAUGUCAAGAAAAAGAAUACUACCUUGCUUGUGCUUGUGACGAGAUAUACGCCCCUCCAAGUGCCUAUUUUUCUUUGUUUGGCUUGACUGUUCAAGCCUCAUUUCUCAGGGGUGUUUUAGAUAACAUAGGAAUUGAACCACAAGUGGAAAGGAUUGGCAAAUACAAAAGCGCUGGGGAUCAACUGGCCUGCAAAACCAUAUCUGAGGCAAACAGUGAGAUGCUGACUGCAUUGCUUGACAAUAUCUACACAAACUGGCUGGAUAAAGUUUCCUCUGCAAAAGGAAAAAAGAGAGAAGAUAUUGAGAACUUUAUAAAUGAAGGAGUUUAUCAAGUAGACAAGCUGAAAGAAGAGGGCUUCAUAACUAAUAUAAUCUAUGAUGACGAGGUUGUUUCAAUGAUGAAAGACAGACUUGGAGUAGAAACAGAUAAAAAUCUUGCCAUGGUGGAUUACAGAAAGUAUUCCAGAGUUAGGAAAUGGACCAUUGGAAUGUCAGGUGGUAAAGACUUGAUAGCUCUUAUCCGAGCCUCAGGGAGUAUUAGCCGUAUUGAGGGUCCAUUGGGUGUGUCAGGCUCAGGGAUCAUUGGAGAGAAGUUUAUUGAGAAGAUUCGCAGUGUGAGAGAGUCCAAAAAAUACAAGGCUGCUAUUAUCCGAAUUGACAGCCCAGGAGGUGAUGCUCUUGCGUCUGAUCUGAUGUGGAGAGAAAUCAGACUUUUGGCUGCUUCAAAACCAGUCAUUGCUUCAAUGUCUGAUGUGGCAGCAAGUGGAGGUUAUUAUAUGGCAAUGGCAACAGGAACUAUUGUUGCAGAAAGCCUUACUUUAACUGGUUCAAUUGGAGUGGUUACAGGAAAAUUUAACCUGGGCAAACUGUACGAGAAGAUUGGAUUUAAUAAGGAAAUCAUAUCAAGGGGAAGAUAUGCUGAGCUCUUUGCAGCAGAACAACGCCCUUUUAGACCAGAAGAAGCUGAGUUAUUUGCCAAGUCUGCACAGCAUGCUUACAAGCAAUUUCGAGAUAAGGCAGCGCUUUCCAGAUCCAUGACUGUAGAUAAGAUGGAGGAGGUUGCACAGGGGAGAGUUUGGACUGGUAGAGAUGCAGCUGCAAGGGGUUUGGUUGAUGCCAUUGGUGGGCUUUCUCGUGCAGUAGCCAUAGCAAAAUCGAAGGCCAAUAUACCUGAAGACAAGCAGGUUACAAUUGUGGAGCUCUCAAGAACCAGCCCUUCUCUACCAGAGAUUUUAAGUGGCAUUGGGAGUACCCUGGCUGGAGUAGACAGAACAUUGAAGGAACUGGUGCAGAGCUUGACAUUUCCUGAUGGGGUUCAAGCCCGGAUGGAUGGCAUCAUGUUUGAGAGAUUGGAAGGAUAUCCUUACGCCAAUCCCAUAUUGACAUUGAUAAAGGAUUACCUUAGUUCCCUGUAACCAAUUCAUUGUUCAUUUCUUCUCAUAUCUCUUUUUCCGGCCAAAGAAGUUGCCCAUGGUUGUACUUGUCCCCUCAGUCGUCUUCUCCAAAUGCCAAUCCUUGUACAUGCAUGCUGCAAAGUUCCUUCAAUACAUGUAGCUAUAUUCCCUUGUCCAUGUUGUGUGUAAUAACAAUGUAUAUGCUACGCUCAGAGUCCUCACACGCCUCUGUGAAAAUCCAUGAUUACGAGUAUUCCAGCUA